AUGUCCUCUGGCGGGACACACAAUGGACUUGAUGGUACUGAAUCCGAUUUCAUUCUAAAAGUCAUGGACACUGGGAAAGGAAUUUCUCCCGACUUCCUCCGGCGUGGAAUUUAUACUCCGUUCCAGCAAGAAGACUCGUUUUCCCCUGGGGCCGGCCUUGGCCUCAGCAUCGUCAGACAAAUUGUGGAAGGAAUGAAGGGCGACAUUGAUGUGCAAAGCCAAACCAAAGUCGGCACUGACGUAACUCGUAUGUCUCCUGAGCCCAUGGCCAAAUGGCUUACCAGACGGUUUACUAUUCUACGGGGUACAACGAAAAAGCCUAAGGAUGAACUGGAAGUGAACGCUGAGCCCAAUGUUCAUCCUUUGGGCGAAUCUACCACUCUUCGAGUACUCGUGGUGGAUGACAAUGAUAUUAACCUUACGUUGAUGACUGCUUUCAUGAAGAAACACAACUUCGCUUACCAAAAAGCGACUAACGGCCUUCAAGCAGUGGAAAGUUACGAAGCAGCCAACGGAGAAUUCGACUAUGUCCCGAUGGGUAAAUGCCAACAGGACUUUCCCGAAAUCAGUUUCACUGAAUACACAGAUCUUACAAUGCCAAUCAUGGAUGGCACGACCGCAACAAGGCAGAUCCGGCGUUACGAGCAGCGCGAAGGCAAAGAACCAACGACUGUGAUUGCAUUGACGGUGCUCGCCCUGGAUAGCGCGCGCGAUGAAGCCUUGAACAGCGGCGUCGAUUACUUUCUCACCAAGCCCAUCGACUUUCGCAAUUUGUACCUGAUGCUUCAAAAGGGACAACGUAAAAGCUGAAUGCCACGCUUGGUUCGAUUGU